AUGGACACCCAGUGCACUUACUCCCGUUCCAAAGGUCCAGUCUCGGAAUCCGUCAGGCGAAUAGAAUCCUCUCAAAACACAGAGAUCGAUCUACUCCCGUUGCAGCCGAUACCUCGCCCCUCUGAUGCCGAGAUCCUUGAUCCACAAUCUGUGCCCCACAACCAAACCACUGUCAGCCAUGCCAAUACUGCCUUCAAAGGGUCGAACUUCAAAACAAGGCUAAUUGGUGGCACCCAUUGGAUGGCCGCGUGCAAUGAUUUGCCCGUAAUGGGGGCCAUGCUAGAGAAGACUGUUGAUUUCCAGCCGAUGUGGAGAACUUUCGCGGAAGUCAAGUGUCUCCUUCGCGUCGCAAAUUCGGUACCAGGCGGGGUGAAUGGAGACCGUAAGAAGCUAUUGGAUCUCAUUCCCGAUCGAUCGACCUGCGAAAAGUGGAUCAGGCGAUUUUGUGAAACAUAUGGUAGAAUCUACCAUGUGAUUGACCAGAACUGCCUGUUCACCGACCUGGAGGAACGAUUUACCGCAUGCGUCGACACCAAUGAAGUAUAUGUUGUGAAGAUUGUGUUGGUAAUUGCGAUUGCCAUGCAGACAGACAAGUCAGAGCGACUACGCGGGCGUCUGCUACUACAAGAAGCAGAGAGCCGUAUUCAUACAUCCACACGGUUCCAAAAACCUUGUAUCGGGGUCAUGCAGACUUUAUUGUUGUUGAUAAUCAUGAAAACUAUCACUGCCUCUGAUACUGACAAGAUCUAUAACCUCAUAGGUAUCAUGGGACUUACCACGCAAAUGGCUCUGAGCAUGGGCUUGCAUAGGGAUCCGGCCUUGUUCCCCGGUGUCAAUCCUUACUAUGCAGAAGUUCGGAAACGAUUAUGGGCGUGCUUCUUUCGAUUAAACCUCGACUAUUGCAUCCGGAGUGGCUCCCACUUUGGUAUUCGACUGGAAGAUGUGGACUGUCCUCUUCCGAGCCCUAUCGACCUUCAAACCCUUGGGGGAACCAUGCUGGAGUCACGUACCUUGUCCCACAAGGCCCAUGAAGCAUCGGACCAAGCAUUCAACAUUGCUGCAAUGAAGCUCGCUGUAGUAAGAGCUCCAUUACACCAGCGACUUCGCUCAACAACUCCUCAGUUGUCAAGCGAGGUACGGGAUCGGAUGCGCGCCUCUUUCCACAAAAUCCUGCAUGAUUUACCUCCGAGUCUACAAGAGGGAGCUCCAUCAUGCUGUCCAAUCGAGAAGCUUCAGAAAGCCUUCUUAUCAAUGCAUGUGCAUAGCUUCAUGAUCAUUAUCACACUCAAUUUUGUCCUAGGAGUCCCGUCUCAUAAUUCACAGAGUGGAGAUCUCUAUGAAUCAUGGGAUAACUCGGUGUCCGUUCUUCAUCAGUUGCACGAAGUGCUGCAGAGCGGCUCUGAGCUCUCUAGCAUGGCGUAUCAUCUACUCUGGACUGAUAUUGCCCGUGCAGCAUUGACUGCAUGUUUGGUGGUUGGUCGCCUGCGGCGCAUCAAUUUAGGGAUAACUAUCUCCAAUGGCCCCCAGCCCACGCUAGUCAUCUUUCAGCAGCUUUUGGUGAAAUAUCUAGACUCUUUAUCGCAGAUUCUAGCUGGAAGAUACCACCUCGGACCUGUUGCAGCGAAGACAAGACUUAUCCUUGCUGUCGCAACAACUAUUACAUCAAGCUUGAUCAACGACCUUGGUGGCUCACAACAGGAUUCCAAGUUCUUAAAGAUAGGCAUCAAAGCUGCCGAGGAGGUCGUAACUGAGAUGGAAGCCUCUCUGAAACGGGAAGACCAAGACUCAACACUCGCCUUGCUGGGAUUCAAUAGCACGAGGACGUCAGCUCCAGCAAGUGCCCCCACCCAUUUUGCGUCGGACUGGAUGGGCCAUGCACAACUUCCGGAUCCAUUAAUGCAGACGUUGUUUCCAAAUGGUUGUGACUUCUACCCAGACUCAGAAUCUCCGGAGCUGGGUAUGCAGUCCGACGUAUGUUUACCAUAUUCCAUGGCGCCAUUCAUGUCUACUUCGACGAUCCAGUCUCCACAUAAUCUCUUAUGGGAAGACAUUUAA